GACACAAAAAAUAAAAAUAACCACCAAACUAAACUACUACUUAACAACCGUAGCAACCCAACAACAACUUCAAUGCGCACACACCAAAGAGAGAGAAAAGCAAAAAGAGGAGAAAUGAACCGGAAUAUCAAGCGUCUUCUCUACCGGUUCAGUUUGAAUUUUUCAGUUUAAAAACGAAUCUUGAAGUGUACGGUUUAAUUUGCUAAAAAAGAAAAAAAGAAAACAAUUUAAUAUUGACAAAAAACAACUUUAAAUAUUACAAAAAUAAAAUGUCUAACAAAAAAGGUAAUAAUACUUCUUUAUGAAAAUUUAAUUAAAGUGUUGUGCGGGACUAUGUGUGUAUUAGGUAGGCAAGGGCGUGCGUCGUCGCACCCAGAAUUUUUUUUAUUAUUUUUAUUGUUGUGUGUGAUUUUUUUCUUUCGUUGUUUUUUUUUUUAUGAUAAAUUCAAUGCAUUGUUUUCACAAAUAGGGAGUUUUGUUUAAAUUUUUCCAGGAGGAAAAAUAAAUACUUUUCUGUGAAUUUUUUUUUUAUUUUUUUUUUGGGGAAUUUCUGUUUACUUUUCCAAGGUAGUGUUUAUUUUAAAUGGAGUUUAUGUUCAGUGCAGCACAUAGAUGCUUCGACCACUAACAUAUUAUUUACAAAAAUUUAAAAUAAACGGAGUGGAGGGAGUGGAGUUUAUGUUCAGUGCAGCACAUAGAUGCCUCGACCACUAACAUAUUAUUGACAAAAAAUGGAGUGGAGUGGAGUAGAAUUUUUGUUCAGUGCAGCACAUAGAGCCUCGACCACUAACAUAUUAAAUUCAAAAAUUUAAAAUAAAUAGGUAGGUGGAGUGGAGUUUAUGUUCAGUGCAGCACAUAGAUGCCUCGACCACUAACAUAUUAUUUACAAAAAAAAUGGAGUGGAGUGGAGUAGAGUUUAUGUUCAGUGCAGCACAUAGAUGCCUUGACCACUAACAUAUUAAUUUCAAAAAAUUUAAAAUAAAUAGGUAGGUGGAGUGGAGUUUAUGUUCAGUGCAGCACAUAGAUGCCUCGACCACUAGCAUAAUUAUUUUUAAAAAAUAAAAAUAAAUGGAGUUGAAAGGAGAGGAGAGGGUGUUCAGUGUGAGCACAUAGAUGCGUGGACCACUAGCACAUUUUAUCGAUUUUAUCGACUUUUACAAUUGUGGGAGAAGUCGAGCGAGCUGUUCCUACAGCUUGUAAAGGUGGCAGAAGAGGAGGAGCUAUCAGAUCUGGAGGAGCAGAUGGAGAGGAUGGAGGCCGAAUACUAUAAAUCGGCUGAACUCAUCCGACAACAGUUGGCCGUUAUCGCCAAUAGGAAUCGCGCGCCAACCGCCACCAGCGAAGAGGAUUCCCAGAAAAUAAGCGUGAGCCUGACGAUGCCAGCUCAACAACAUGAUAUUAAAAACACCUGGGGAGAAUACGACGGGUCGCUCCUCAAAUGGAUCGGGUUUAGAGACCGAUUCAGAGCAGCCAUCCAUGAAAAUAACGACAUCUCGACGGCAUACAAGUAUUCAUACUUGAAGAAGUCGUUGACUGGCAAGGCAGCAAAAGCCUUAGGAGACAGCCAUCUGCAUCCAGAUAGCUAUAAGGAGGCAUGCGAGAGGCUGGUUCAGCUGUACGACAAGCCGUACCACAUCAGCAAGGAGUACCUCAACCAAUUUUACAGGUUGCUGGUGCUUCCGGAGAGACCAGGAGCAAAUGAGCUUCAGCGGAUGUCCAACGUCACCCACGAGACCAUCCGUCAACUGAAGGCUCUGGAUGUUCCACUGGAGAAUUGGGAUCUAGUGUUCGUGAUAGGCCUUCACGACCGCCUAGAUUCGGAGACCAAAAAGCAAUGGGAGUUGCAAAGGGCGAGCGAGUUCCCUAAAAUAGGAGAUAUGCUUGAGUUCUUGGACAAGCAAGCAGGAGCCAUGGAGAACGUGAGAACAGAUUUUAGAACUCAGCCGUCUACAUCAGCUGCAGCCGAGAGAGUACGCAGGAUAGAUUGGGCAGCUCGGACCAAUCAAAGGAGAGCGGCAGCCGUGGCAAAUUAUGGACCUUGCGACGCAUGUGGACAAGACACACAUGCGCUAUUCCACUGCCCGGAAUUUUGCACUCUUGGCCUAGGUGCAAGAAAGGAGUUCGUUUCCAGGAGGAAAAUUUGUCCAAACUGCCUUAGGAAAGGCCAUAAGAAGGGAGAUUGUCUUGAGAUCAGCUGCUAUGAUCCAAGAUGCCGGGAGGACCCGCUGCACAACAGCAUGCUUUGCCCAGUCAAGCAAAGCAUGAGAAAUGUACUAACGGUAAGGGCGGAGAGUGCUAGGAAGGAGCAAAAUAAGAGGAAGGCUUGACUAGAUGAAGGAGUUGAAGGGAAGCGGAGGAAGCUGGAGGAAGAAAAACCUUCCAGCUCCAAAGGAACAGGGGGGGAAAUUAGUUUUAUGCCGACAAUAUUGGUAAGCAUUGAAGAGGGAGGGGUUCGAUAUGGACCAGUAAGAGGGUUUUUAGAUACGGGUUCGCAACCCAAUAUAAUAAUCUAAAAGUUAGUACAGGAGUACAAAUUGAGAACAUUGGCCACUGCAAGGAAGGCAGUCGGUAUUAACAAUGUGCCUUUGGAGAUAAAUCAAAAAAUUAAAUUAAGGAUACUUCCAUGGUACAAUGCCAUGGCAGAGGAGAAUUUUGAGGAGAUCUUUUGGGUUUUACCCAAAGAUAGUAAUUGGGAACCUAUAUUACCUUCGGCAGUAUUGAAUCCCAUGUUGAUUCAUAAGCCAACGGAGAUUCCAUGGGCGGAUCCAGAUUUUUGGAAACCAAAUCCAAUUCAGUUGCUUUUUGGGGUAGGAUUUUUUGCAAAAAUAGUAUCAUCCGUCAUUCAAAGAAAUAUGGGGGGAAUGUCUCUUAUAGAGACACAAUUAGGUAUUGUUGUUUUUGGAACACAAUCAGAAUUGGUAGACGAAUUGACAGGUCAGUCUCUUUCGUGCGUUCAAUACCAGGAGGGAGUUCAGUUAGAUAGACUGUUGGAAAAACUUUGGCAACUAGACCAAGUUAAUUCAUGUCCACAAUGGACAGGAGAUUUUGGUAGAGAACCAUUUCUUGGAGACAUAUAAACGGGAUGAGUCAGGAAGAUUUAUUGUAAAAAUUCCGUUAAAUAGGGAGAUUAAAGAACUAGGAAGUUCUAGGGAGAUCGCUUUAAAACGUUUCUUGUACCUAGAGAGGCGGUUAGCGAAAAAUCAGGAGAUGAAAACAAUCUAUGUGGAAAAGAUGAGGGAGGAGAUAAGAUUAGGUCAUUUGGCAUUAGCCACGGAGAGACCACAGGAGGGAGAAAUGGUAUAUUAUAUACCACAUCAUUGCAUUCCCAAAGACAAUCUAAUUGUUUAUGAUGCAAGUUGUAAGACAGACAAAGGUUUAUCGCUCAACGACAUUCAAUUACUUGGGCCAAAAUUGCAAAAGGAUUUGCACGAAACUAUUAUGCGUUUCCGUAGGCAUAAAAUAGCGAUAUAUGCAGAUAUUCGCAAAAUGUUUAAUCAGGUAGGGCUGGCUAGGGAGCAAUGGAAUUUGCAAAGGAUAUUUUGGAGGGAGAAUCCCUUCCAAAGAUUGCAGGAGUAUUGGCUCACAGUAGUCACAUUUGGCUUAACAGCAUCACCAUAUGUUGCUGUUAGAUCAGUAUUAGAGACUGCCAGGAUGGCAAAAGGAGAAUUUCCAAUUGCUGCUAAAGCAAUAGAAGAGGAUUUCUAUAUGGAUGAUUGUGUGACAGGGUCACAUACGGAGAAAUCGGCUAUCAAAUUAGCUAAAGAAAUUGAUACUGUACUAAAAACAGCAAAAUUUGAAUUGCGUAAAUGGAAAUCAAACAGCCAGGCGGUUGUUGGAGCAAUGGAGUCGGAGUCUGAAAAAACUUUGUUAUUUUCAGAGGGGGAAGGCACAACUAUUUUAGGUUUAAAAUGGUUGAUAGAAGAAGACAAGUUCACUUUUAUGGUAAAAAAUCCUAAAUUUGAAGGAGUUAUAACAAAAAGGAGAAUAGUAAGUCAUGUAGCGCAGCUAUACGACCGAAAUGGAUACAUAUCACCGGUAACAAUUAUUGGUAAGAUCAUGAUCCAGGAGUUAUGGAAAUGAAAAAUCGAUUGGGAUGACAGACCAUCCAUAGAUUUGGAGAAUAGAUGGAUUGAAUUUUGGAAUUCAAUUUUUUAUUUGGAAAACUUCCGAAUAGAUAGGUGGUUGGGAACAGGUAGCAAUUCAAAAAUACAAAUUCAUGGGUUCUCAGACAGCAGUGAGUCUGCGUUAGGGGCGGUAUUGUAUGUAAGGGUUGAAUAUAUUAAUGGUAUGGUGACUAGUAAACUACUUACAUCAAAAACUCGAGUAGCGCCAUUGAAGAUGGUGACUAUACCUCGUUUGGAGUUAUCAGCAACGGAGUUACUUUCAAGAUUGGUGAAAGGAGUCAUUGAGUCAAUGGAAUGGCCGACUGCUGAGUAUGUGCUAUGGCUUGACUCUAGCCCGGCAUAUUACUGGAUAAGGAAGGAGACAAGAAAUCUUAGAACAUAUGUUGCAAACCGAGUUUCUUCGAUCCAAACCAAUACAGAUCUUAGAUGCUGGCGUCACAUUGAUGGCAAGGAGAAUCCAGCUGAUCUACUUUCAAGAGGAGUUCUACCAAAGGAUUUGGUCAACAGUAAUUUAUGGCUACACGGUCCUAGUUGGAUAACUAGGGAACAAACCCAAUGGCCGAAGAGUAGAAUAAUGGAGGAAGUUCACCAGGAGGUGGAAAAGGAGAUGAAGAUAUUUUCUGUGACGUUCUUCAAGGAACCAAUACAAAUAAGACUUAAAAGAUCUAUGAACUGUGUUCCAUUGUUGGAAUAUACGGGAACAUUGGAGAAAGCAAUAAAUAUUCUCAGUUAUGCCGGGAGGUUUAUAGAGAAUUGGAUUAAAUGGAGAAGAAAGCUGAAGCAAGCAAAGCGGAAAAUAAAUCGGAGACCUAAGAGAAUAAGGAAGCAACAGGCAGUUGCGCCUCCUACUCUAAGAGAAAAAGCGGAAGCUAUGGAGUAUCUGAUACGAAAAAAUCAGCAAGCAAGUUACAACAAGGAGAUUACUGCACUGAGAGCUGGAAAGCAGUUACCGGACAAGAGUCCAAUAGAAGGGUUGAAACCAAUCAUAGAUGAGCAUGGGUUGCUUCGGUUUGGUGGUAGGCUAGGUAGGUCAGAGGUAGAUUAUGAAAUGAAACAUCCAGUGAUUAUUGCUAACGGUUCAAGGUUAGCUGAAUUACUAAUGGAUAAUGCUCACCGGGAGAUGAAGCAUGGAGGCAUUCAAAUAAUGAUGCAAUUUAUAAGACAAAGGUACUGGAUACCAAAGUUAAGGGAUGGAUUAAGAAAUCACAUUCAUAAAUGUGUUGUUUGUGUGCGAUUAAAUGCACGAAUGGAGGGACAACUGAUGGGGGAAAUACCAUCAGAGAGAGUCCAGGUUGGGAAACCAUUUUUAGCUACCGGAGUAGAUUAUGCUGGUCCUUUUGAAUUAAAGGUAUCCAGUGGAGUAGGAGGGAGAAAAAGGAGAAAAUGUUGGGUUUCAAUAUUCGUCUGCAUAAGAACUAGAGCAGUUCAUAUUGAGAUCGUAGGAGAUCUAUCAACAAUAGCCUUCAUUGCUUGUUUUGAACGGUUUAUUGCUAGGAGAGGGAGAUGCGAGAAAAUGUUUAGCGACAACGGAACUGCUUUCGUUGGCGCAUCUAAAGAACUAAAUAAAGCUUUAAAAGUCUUUUCAGAUAAGGAAGCAUUGGAGCAUUUGCAUAGCAAAGGAACUGAAUGGCACUUCAUGACCCCAGCCGCACCACACCAAGGAGGUAUAUAUGAGGCUGCGGUUAAAUCGAUGAAGUUUCAUUUAAGGAGAAUACUUGGGCAAAAGAUAUUGCCUUAUGAGGAGUUUUCAACGUUAUUAACGCAGAUCGAAGCCAUCCUCAAUUCCAGGCCGCUUCAUCCGCUUAGUGACGACCCAAUGGACGUUCAGGCGCUAACGCCGGGACAUUUCCUGGUAGGUGAACCACUAAUUUUACCUCUUCCUUUCAGAUUAGACGAAAGACCAGAUACAGUGGGAGCUAAAUUCUGGAAAGAGAGACAACAAAUGGUUAAUCAUUUCUGGGCCAGGUGGCAGUCAGAAUAUUUGACCACUCUGCAGGAGCGGAAAAAAUGGAGAAAGGUGAAGGAGAACUUGAAGGUUGGUCAACUAGUAGUUCUCAAAAGUGAGAAUUUCCCUCCAGCCAGCUGGGGCAUGGCUCGGAUAUGCGAACUCCUCCCAGGCCGGGACGGGUUGGUCCGAAACGUCAUCGUCCAAACAGCCACUAGAAAAUUAAAGAGACCGGUGCAGAAGAUAUGCAUCCUGUAUUUUUUUAUUAAGUCUUGUUACGUCCUUCAGACGUGCAGGUCAUGUGUUAGUCUUUCAGAAACGGAGAUAAUAAAUGUGGGUUUUUUAAUUUAUAUUUUUCCCACAUAAAAAGUCGUACUAGCUUCAUUUUUAAGAAAGGACUAAUACACUGUGCUUGAAUGCUCAGUAACAAGGUGAAAACCUCUGAUUCUGCCGCCGGUGCUUUAGGCACGGAGGCCUGUUGGACAACCUUUGGUGGCUUUUGUGUCGCCUUUGGUAUUGCUCUUUGCGCCAUUUGGGCGAAAGAGAUACUUGGGUUGACAAUCGGAGCACGCCCUACUGGACGUUUUUCAACGACAGCCUGCUUCGCCGUUUUCUGCUGCUUCAUUUGCUGAAACCUCGGACAGCCCCGAUAAUUAGCAGGGUGCCCGACGCUUCCGCAGACUGCGCAUUUAAGCUGGGCCUUAUCUUCGACCCGUUCCUCCCCGAGUUUACACUCCCCCUUAUUGUGGUUCUCUCCACACUUUACACAGCGCGACUGCAUUUCGCAGUUGGCUGCGGCAUGGCCGAACCUUUGGCAGCACACGCAUUGAAGCAUGUCACCGCGCCUUUUUAAUUUGUCCCAAGU